GCGGCGCUGGUGCAAGUGCCCGACCUGAUGGUGUGCGCGCCGUGGGCCGGCGAGACGUUCGCCUGCCUGGCCAACGGCGUCGACCACUCGCCCUGCUGCCGCGCGCGCGGCCUCCCGCACCCGUGCCUCGACCUGUGCGCCGGCAACCUCACGCAGAUCGACUUCUCCUACUUCAGCUGCCUCAAGCACAUGACGUCGUACACGAGCUGCCUGCUGCAAGGGUACGGCGUGCUGGCGUCGGCGCCGCGGCGCGUGCACGUGUCCACGGUGGACACGACGUUCGCCCUGGUGCACUGGGCGCCGCCGGCGGCGCUGGCCGAGUCGGUGCGCGAGUACGCGGUGCGGUGGCGGCCGCUCGCCACCUACGACAACGAGUACCGCGCGGCGGCGGCGCGACGCCAGCCCUUCGUGCUGGAGGGGCUGCGGCCGGGCGCCGACUACGAGGUGUACGUGGAGGCCGUCAACGCGCACGGGCCCGGCGCGCCCUCCGCGCGCAUCGUCUUCCGCACCGAGUCCGAGGUGGAGGAGCGCGAGGAGGCGGCGUCGCUGUUCCACAACGUGACGGCGUGCUGCGUGGAGGCCGCGCUGAGCGGCGUGUGCAUGCCGCUGUGCUCGUACGACGCGUCCAUGGCCGACGUGAAGGCCCUGGCCGGCGUGUGCGCGGGCGAGCUGCACAAGCUGCUGCGCUGCGGCGCCGGCGGCCGCGACCACGCGCCGUGCUGCGCGCGCCGCGGCGUGCCGCCCACGUGCGCGCCCGUCUGCGCCGGCGUGCUCGCCGGGCCCGUCGCCGCCGCCGUCGCCGCCUGCGCGCCCUACGUCGGCAACAUCGUGCAGUGCUUCGAGGAAGGUGCGUGCGGCCAACCGGCCGACUGCGAGCAAGCGGAAGCGAAAUGGAACGGAAUAAAUGUUACAAACUUCUAUGGCUUGUUGGGGGAUCAAAGACGAUAA